GAGAGAGAGAGAGAGUGUGUGUGUACGCCCGGUUGGCGAGUGUAUGGUGUGUGAGCGAGAGGCUCGAGGGCUCGAGAGCGAAUGCAGCAGGAGAAGUAGUGCGGGGUGGUUGUUUCGAUCGAAGAAUAAUCAUCCUGUCGGGCCGGGCUGGGCAGGAAAAGUAGGGAAAACCCCCGCGUGCGGUUGUGUAUGUGUUUGCUAAGGGUCUCCUAUUGUGUACGUGUGCACCGGCGCGUGUGUGUGUGUGUGCGUGCGUGUGUUUUCGAUCGAGUAGUCCUCGACGUCGUCCUGCGGGAGAGAUGAAUGGUUGUUGUUGUUGUUGUUGUUGCUGAUGGUGGUGGUGGUGGUGAAGGUUGCGUAUAACGACGACGACGACGACGACGACGUCGACCGGAGGACCCCCACUGGGGUGGGUGUUACGCGUGGAAAUAAGUGGUCUGUGUCUCGGUGAGAGCCUAAAGCGGGGGUCGUAAAAAAAGAAAAUGGUCGAAAAUAUUUGAGUGUAUUACCUCUCACAGGUAGAGCGAGAAAGAGAGAGAGAGGGUGUUUGUUGUGUGGCAAGCGGAAAGAAGGGAAAUUACAUCAAGUGAUUACCACGAGGCCGGCUCGAGUCGGCUCGGUGCGUGCAGCAUAAGCAUAAUAUUGCGCCCGAAGAGAGAAGAGCAUAUUGGCUGGCGUGAAGAAGCGAUGGCGGCAGCGGCAGCAGCAGUAGCCUAAAGGAAUGCCUUGCUGCACAGCAGGCUCUGAUAUGGUGUUUUGGUGCUCCUCUUCCUCGGGUGCUUUGGUGUCUUCGUUGUCGGUGGUGUGUGGUGUUGCCGUGUUCUGUGCGUGUGCUGUGCGCGUUAUCUCUCAUCCGGCGGCGGUAAAGGAAACAGAUUAGAGAAUUAUCAACAACACAACAACAGCAACAACAGCGAAAAGUGCGUUGGCGAAAAUUAAUCUCAUUCACAUACAUACGAGAGAGAACGGGCGCGAGUGUGCUGCAUACCGGACCACCACCACCGGGGGUAACCGGGUAAUUUAUCGUUCCCCGUCGGCGGCGCCGUCGGGUUUUUGAUUUUUAUUGCCAACCGAGCAGAAAACCGGAAAAGCGAAACGCAUAAAUCUUGGCACCGGGGUUCGCGCGCUCGGAACCAACAUUGAAUCUGGACGGACCCCCGCCUGGAGGACGCCGGUCCUGUUCGAUUUCGAUCGGGAACUUUACAUACACGCGGUUCGAUUUGUGCGGUCGUCAGAGUAUCAUCAGCUACUCGCCGCAGCAGCAGCGCCUACUACAGUGCGACGGUGUGCGUGGUGGCCUGUCAGUUGCGCAAAGCAAAAGUGUCAACAAAGCGAAGCGAGCAGAAACAUUUCGGGCCCGGUCCCGGGUAGUGGCGUCAAUCGAUUCGGUGAAGAGACACACAUUUUUCCGCCGUGGUUCCGAAACGCCGCGGGUAAACAGAUGCUGGAAAGAUGAAGCGGAGAAACUUACAUCACAGUGGUAGUGGUAGCAGCAGCAGCAGGCACGGCUCCUUCGAUCACAGCAGCAAAAUGCGAUCGAAAGGCAGUAGCAGUAGCAGUAGCAACAACAACAGUGACAGUGGCAGUGGCAGCAGCGGUGCGUGUGGUGGUGACUCAUCAUCGAGUGGAGCGAGAUGUAGAGCAACAAAUACCGGCCACAAUCGACGGUGGUGGCGACGACCAACGACAGCAGUGGCAGCGUUUCGGCAUCGUGGCAGCAGGAGAAGCAGUAGCGGCAGUAGUAGUAACACUAGCAGUAGUCAUAGCAACCAUCACCAGCAGCAGCAGCAGCAGCAGCAGAGUACGGGCAACAGCAGUAGCCUAACGACGAAGCGCCGACGAUACCGGAACGUCAACGCACGGUUAAGGUGCUGCCUACCGGGCAUCGGUACCAGCUCGGCGCUUACGAUCGCGCUCGUGAUCGCGUUGCAGCUGCUCGCCCUGCAACCGACCGUGCUGCACUGUGCCAAAACCUUCUACAUGCACUGGAACACGACGAACAGCAUCUUCCGGAUCGACAACACGGACCACAUCAUCGACGUGAACAAGGGCAACGCACAGUUCGAGUACGAUCAGGUGCAUAUCAUCUGCCCGGUCUACGAACCGGGUACGUUCGACAACGAGACGGAAAAGUACAUCAUCUACAACGUGUCGAAGGUGGAGUACGAGACGUGCCGGAUCACGAACCACGAUCCGCGCAUCAUCGCGAUCUGCGACAAACCGAACAAGCUGAUGUUCUUCACCAUCACGUUCCGGCCGUUCACACCGCAACCGGGCGGUCUCGAGUUCCUACCGGGCAACGAUUACUACUUCAUCUCGACCUCGUCCAAGGACGAUCUGCACAGGCGGAUAGGUGGGCGCUGUACCACCGACAACAUGAAGGUCGUCUUUAAGGUGUGCUGCGGUGACGAUCAGCAGUCCCACCACGGCCAUCUGCCCUCGAAUGGCACCGUUAUCGGGGGUGGUGGCCACGGUGGGGUCGAUGGUGGUACCGCGAUCGGUGCCGGCGGUCCCGGUGGGGCCGCCAACGCCAACAACACCAUCUCGAUCGAUGCGUUCGAUCCGAACUCGCGGCUUCUGCCACCGGCCAUCAACACGAGCCAGGGUAACAUCGUCCAGAACACGGUCAACUGGCCGGUAUGGGGUGGCAACGAUGGCCAGGGUGGCGGUCUCAACAACGCCAACAACAACAACGGCCACCCACAGCAACCCCACCAACCGCAGCAUCUGCCACCGUCACACGGUGGCGUCGGCGGCCACCCGGGGGGACGCCCCGGGGUCGCUGUGCCCCCGAACGGGCGGCACAAUCAUCACUAUACGGCCUCACCACCCCGCACCUCGAUCAACGUGCCCGGCGGUAACGGUAACGGGGGCGGUGCGUACGGUAAUGGUAACAUUAAUAAUCAUAACUACAACAUAAACAGUCCACCGUCCAAUGCACACCCGGGCAGUAAGCCAACGAAGAAGACGAAGGAGUACGACAAGCAGCACCCGAACGAGGUGGUGAAGAACGAGGAGCUGACGUACAACAAUGGUGCCGGUGGUGUUGGUGCCCGAUCGCGUCACCUCGUCACCCUGCUCGCCAGUACCUGCCUGCUGCUGCUGCUCGUCUCCUCCCCGAUCCUCGGGGGGUUGUCGCCUUCGCCAUCGUCCUGUUGGAGCAGAAGGCGGCAGCAGCUCCGGCCUGGUGGCGGUAGCUGAGGGAAGUCAUCAUCAUCAUCGUCGUCCGCGUCGUCGUCGUCGUCGGUGUCGAUUGUGAAGGAGAGCGGCUGCAGCAGGAGAAGCAAGAGGAGGAGGUGGAGGAGGAACCGAGAAAGGAGCAAAAGCAGCGGAAUCGUGGGACCCAAUGAUGGUGCACGCAGGCGAUGCAUCUCAUCCUCACCGUCCUCCGUCGUCGGCUGAGGUGAUGUCCCGUGGCUUUCCUGGUAUACCCCUCUCCGUAUACGUCCUUCCCACCAUCAUCAGCCUCCCCUGUCUGUCUGUCUCUCUCUCUGAUCCUUUCCAUCGUCUGAUGUGUUGUUGUCCUGCGAAGUAUCCUGCGAUCGCGCGCAGAAAGUUCGCAGAACCCCCUCCCUCGGAACCGCGAUCGUGGAUCCCCUGCCCCUCCCCCCCCGAAUCAUAGUCAUAGACACGAGCGAGGAAGAGAAACGUUUUUUAAGGGGACGCUUACCACCACCAGAAAGGCGUGAACAACGUACUAAGCGAAAGAUAUUCUUAUACAUAUAACUUGUAGGAUAAUUUAAAAUGUGUGUGUGUGUUUGUGUGCGUGAGAGUGUCCCGCAAACACUCACCACGUAUAUCGCCCCCCCGCCAGAUCGCUGAUGAUCGCGAUCUCAUCAUCGCGAUGUAGUGGUGGUGGUGGUGGUGGUAGGUCCCGUGAAACAAUGUGUAGUCCUGUAGUAGAGCGAGAGUGAUAUUAAUUUAAAAAAAAGAAACAAAUGGAAAAGCAAAAAAACUAAUUCGCGAUAAAAGAAAACAUAAAGGGGGGAACCUCUCCCCCCCGUCCCCCACUUAGAAGUGGGCCGUGGGGUGGGAAAACUGUAGGAAAACUGUCUGUAUAGAAAAAACAAAACGAAGAGGAAAAACGGCGCGAAAAAUGGAUGGAUGGAAGGAAUGACCCGUCUCCCGUCGAAAACGUGAAAGUCUCAUCUCAGAAUCGGAAAAUGGAAAAGAAGGAAAAAGAACCGAAAAGUGAACCGAAGAAAGGAAGAAAAAGCCGCAAAACGCCUGGAAUACAACCUUUAACCAAAACCAAUUGGCCUCGAAUAAUGAAGAAGAAUACAAUAAGAAGCGAAGCGAAAAGAACGAAGGAAAAAAGGAAUAAUACUGUCACGAUUGGAAGGGAACAGUUUUGAUUGUGGUACUGUCAUUCUCCUUUGUCAGUUCGAUUCGCGGAAACUUCGCGGAGGGUAGGGACAUAGAAAAAAAAACACAAGACUGACCUAAGAUCGCGUUGGCGCGCAGGAAAGAGGACAUCUCCCGCCUUUCGCACCCGCAUUCUAGCCAUUAUUCUGAGCAAGCUUUUAACUUGGUAAUGACGUCACUGCGUCACGAG